UGUCAGACAGAAAUGAGAAGUCUGUGUUGAAGGACCAAAGGAUCAGUCCUUAUUUCCUCUGAGACACUGAAGACUGAUAAACUAUUGAACAGGAGCCGCUCUGAGAUGUUUGCGGUCCUGUUCUUCUGCGGGAUCCUGUACGGCCCAGCUCAGGGUUGGUCUGAACCGCAGAUCAGACUGAACUCUGGCGCUCUGGUCGGUACCGAUGUGAUUCUCAGCUCCAGUUCUCUUCUACAUUUGAUCUGUGAGGGCGACGGACCGGUGACAUGGAUUCCCCGACUGGCCAGACACAAAAAGUACAUCUCCAAAGAGGUUGGAAACAUCCGGAGUUUCCGUGUGGAAAGAGCCACGGUGGAUUUUACAGGAACAUACAAGUGCAUCUAUAUGAAUGAAAAUUAUUCAAACGUGUCGUCUUCUGUUCAUGUGUUUGUCAGGGAUCCCCAAGUUCUCUUUGUUUCACCGAGUACGACUCGGCCACCUGUGGCAAAAGAAGGUGAAGAUUUGUUGAUCCCGUGUCUUCUGACCGAUCCCGAUGCCACGGACUUCACGUUACGCAUGGACAAUGGCUCAGCGAUGCCUUACGGCAUGAAUGCAACCUUUGACCCCAGAAAAGGUGUCCUGAUUCGCAACGUUCAGCCGGGAUUCACCGCCGACUACGUUUGCAGUGCUAGAAUUGGAGGGGUUGAGAAAAUGUCAAAGAUAUUCAAAGUAAACAUCAUACAAAGGUUACGCUUUCCACCGUAUGUGUUCCUGAGGAGAAACGAGCAUGUGAAACUGGUGGGAGAGAGAUUACAGAUCAUUUGCACCACAAAUAACCCAAACUUUGACUAUAACGUCACAUGGACACACUCCACUAGAAAGCUGCCUCAAGCAGAAGAGAAAUCAAAGAUGCAGGGGGAUCGUUUGGCCAUCGAGAGCGUCCUGGUCAUACCGGCUGUUCAGCUGUCUGAUUCGGGGAACAUCACCUGUACGGGUCAGAACGAGGCCGGAGCGAACAGCUCCACCACACAACUGCUGGUCGUGGGCGAGCCGUACAUUCAUCUCUCCCCGAAGCUCUCAUCUAAACUCACCCACCGCGGCCUGUCCAUCGAGGUGAGGGAAGGGGACGAUGUGGAUCUUGGUGUUUUGAUCGAAGCAUAUCCACCUCUGACCUCACACCAGUGGGUGACUCCAACAUCCCACAAUGCCUCACUCCCAGAGAACAGGUUUUACAACUACAACGACAGGUACGAGGCACUGCUGUUCCUCAGGAGACUGAACUUCCAGGAGAUCGGCCGCUACACACUAUACGUGAAGAGCAGCAUGAAAAAUGCCUCCAUUACAUUUGAUAUUAAAAUGUACAAGAAACCUGUCGCGACGGUGAGAUGGGAGAAUGUCACAACUCUGACAUGUAGGUCUUAUGGAUAUCCAGCUCCCAGCAUCCUCUGGUACCAGUGCACAGGAAUCACAACCACCUGCCCAGAAAACACCACAGACCUUCAGCCCAUCCAGACGCAGACGGUGGAGUUCCAGAAGGAGCCGUACGGAUCGGUGGGUGUGGAAAGCGUCCUGACCGUGGGACCGAACCGCAGAAUGACCGUGGUUUGCGUGGCCUUCAAUCUGGCCGGCCAAGGCAGUGACACCUUCUCCAUGGACGUCUCUGAUCAACUCUUCACCAGCACCAUGUAUGGCUGUGGAGUCGCGAUGCUGGUUCUGGCGCUGAUGCUCGUCUUCAUGUUCUACAAGUACAAACAGAAACCCAGAUUUGAGAUCCGCUGGAAAAUCAUUGAAGCCACAAAUGGAAACAACUACACCUUCAUAGACCCGACACAGCUUCCAUACAAUGAGAAAUGGGAGUUUCCUCGAGACAAAUUAAAGCUAGGUAAGACUCUGGGUGCAGGCGCCUUUGGGAAGGUGGUGGAGGCCACGGCGUACGGCCUGGGGAAGGAGGACAACGUCACACGUGUUGCUGUGAAAAUGCUGAAAGCCAGCGCUCAUCCUGACGAGCGGGAGGCUCUGAUGUCAGAGCUGAAGAUCCUCAGUCACCUCGGACAGCACAAGAACAUCGUCAACCUGCUGGGUGCCUGCACACACGGCGGUCCUGUGCUGGUGAUCACAGAGUACUGUUGUCAUGGUGAUCUUCUGAACUUCCUGCGUAGCAAAGCCGAGAACUUCCUGAACUUCGUCAUGACGAUUCCAAAUUUUCCAGAGCUGGCGACGGAUUAUAAGAAUGUGAACACUGAUCGAAUGUUUGUCAGAAGUGACAGUGGGAUUUCCAGCACCUGCUCUGAUAAUUAUCUGGACAUGAGACCGGCCACAUCCAGACCCACAAACUCUGUUCUGGGUUCUUCUUUUGAGUGUCAGGCAGAAGAUUCGUGGCCGCUCGACAUGGACGACUUACUCAGAUUCUCCUAUCAGGUGGCGCAGGGACUCGACUUCCUCGCGGCUAAAAAUUGCAUUCACAGAGAUGUGGCGGCCAGAAACGUUCUGCUCACCAACAGUCGAGUGGCCAAGAUCUGUGAUUUCGGACUGGCACGAGACAUCAUGAACGAUUCCAACUACGUGGUCAAAGGAAACGCCCGUCUUCCAGUGAAGUGGAUGGCUCCAGAGAGUAUUUUCGAAUGUGUUUAUACAGUUCAGAGUGACGUCUGGUCUUACGGCAUCCUGCUGUGGGAGAUUUUUUCACUGGGUAAGAGCCCGUAUCCCAACGUCCUGGUGGACUCAAAGUUUUAUAAAAUGAUCAAAUGUGGCUAUCAGAUGUCCAGACCUGACUUUGCACCUCCAGAGAUGUACACUAUCAUGAAGAUGUGCUGGAACCUGGAAGCCGCUGAGAGACCAACAUUCAGCAAGAUCGGUCAGAUGAUCGAGAGGAUGCUGGGAGAUGCACCUGACGAACAGGAGACAGAGUACAAAAAUCUCCAGUCUGAAGAGCAUAGUGACGAACAACCAGAGUCAUGUGACCCUGUGAAGCAUGAAGAGGAGACAAAUGAGACAUCAUGUGACCAGGAAGAAGAAGAUCAGCCUCUCAUGAAAGCCAACAACUACCAGUUCUGCUGAGUUCGGCAUAACUAACUGCCAGAUCUUCUUUCUGUACGUCAAUAAUAGUAGCAGACACACACACACGUCAACAGAGAUCUGAAGCGCCUACAUUCAUGCUAUCUGUGGAAGCUUGUAUCCGCCACAGAAUAAAAAAGAAACUGCGACUUUUUUCUCACAACCGCGAGUUUAUAUCUCACAAUGAUGACUUUGUUUUUCUUGCAAUUGCGAGUUCAGAUCACACAAUUCUGACUUUUUCUCUCGUAAUUCCAAGUUUAUGAGAAAAAUAGUCAGAAUUGUUCGAUUAGUCGCAGUUACCUAAAAAACAGGCUUCCAUAGUCAUCAAACACAGUCUCGGUGUGAUUUACACGCACCGAUUUUGUUGCUCUGCUUGAACGAUCAUGUAAACACUCUCGAGUUUGUCUUCUAAGAUUAAGCGUGUUGUUUGAACAUGAACUGGUUUCACUUCUCUGCGAAGAGCAAGAGUGGAAAAACUCCACACCUCGGAUUUGCUUGUCGUGCGACAUGCCUUUUUGGUAAACGUGUCUUUUUUUGUUACUUGAACUUCUCGGUUGUCGAGGUUGAAAAGCAGCGUGUUCAGCAUUUUAUCAAGAGAAAUAUUAUAUUUGCAAAUGCUGUGUGUUUCACUUCCACUUUGUACUUUUGCAAUCAUUGAACAAACUCACAAACAAACAAACACGAUGUGCAUCUGCAUCACACGUAACUCUCCUAAUCGGGGCGUCAGCUCGGGUUUGCGUUUCAAGCAGGAUCAGUGGAGGUCAAAGGUCAGAUAUGAAAUGAUUCAUCUGCUCUGUGAGCUGUCAGUUUGUCUCCUGCUCUAGUUCUUACUCAAUCCUUGUAGGAAAACAUAGUAUUUUAUUGCUUCCCGCGGAGAUUGCGGUGCUUUGGAGUGAUAGCGCGAGGUCAGCGCAGGUUCGGAGGACAGAUUCACGUCUCCAGCGGGUGAAAUAUUGACAUACUGUUGGUGCAAUAAUGUGGACCGAUCGUUGCCUUAUUUCUGCAGAUAGCUGUGGGUCAAAGGUUAUACGCAUUCUCAUUAACCCACAACCUUAAAAAGCGUUAGAAAUAGCGAGAAAAACAAUGACCGACGACCGCACAGAAACCAUUUUAGGAAGAAAAACCAUUUGCUCUUUCCUGUAACGUAAAAUGAAAGGUAGACAAGUUUCAUUUCUUUUUAAUAUGGAUAUUUACACUGAAAGAUGUUCUUCUUCAGUAUUUUUGACUUGUUCUCAAGUACCAAUUUCAAAACAUUCUUAAAUCAAGAUACAUUUACUUAUGAAGAAAAAUUACUUGUUUAUUGUUUACUGAAAAAAUGUAUCAAAAUUGAGUUUUUGCUUAAAAAAUAUCACUUAAAAAAUAACAUUUUACAAUAAGGUUUCAUUUGUUAACAUUUACUAUUACAUUUUUAAGAUCAAUAGUUGCAUUAACUGUGAACUAACAUGAACAUGAACAUUUUUAUUAACUAACAUUUAGUAAAGGUUAGUAAAUGCUGUCAAAUAUAUUGCUGAUUGUUAGUAAUGCAUUAACUAAUGUUAACAAAUGAGACUUUAUUGUAAAGUGUUGCCAAAAUGUCAGUUGGAUCAGAAAAAAAUAAUCUUUUCCCUUUGAACUGAGUUUAUUUUUCUGACCACAAUGACAGAUUUUUUUUUUUUUUUCCAAGCAUAAACUCACUUCAUUUUGAUAUUGACAUUUUUUCAGAAAGCAAAACUUAAUAUCAUAAAUCAAGGUCCAUUUACUUGAGAAGCAAAAUUACUUAAGAAUGAGAUAUUUGUAAUGGGAAAACAAGGCAAAAAUCUUUUUUAUUAUUAUUAUUAUUUGCAGUGUAAACCCGAAGGAAAUGCAUUUAUAUGGCGGAAAUGUUUAAAGCUGAAUGGAAUUUUUUUUUUUUAAAUUAUUACUUUCGUCAAACUCAAAAAUUGUGAGUUUUGUUCUGAGUUUCUUAAUCAUUUGAAAUGGUUCUCAAAGCAAAUCGUAGCAUCAGACACACACUGCCAGAGUAACUUUAGGUUGCUUAAAAAAUGUGAUUUUUUUUUUUUUUUCCUCAAAGCACAAACUGCCAUAUGUUUAUGUUUAUAUUUUAUCCUUUUUUUACCUUUAUUCUUAUGCAAAAAUUUUUUAUUGUUUUAAGUUGAAUUAUAUGAGAUUUCAAAAUCAUAAUGAUGUCUUUCUGAGCGCUUAUCUAUAUGUAAAUUAUCUAUAUGCACAUCUUUAUGUAUAUUAAUAGUUCCCAUGAUGCUCUCAUUAAUGAAUUCUGCACCAUGGAUAUCUACAGAUCUGUAUAUUUUAGUUUCGCUACCAAAAGCUACUAAUAAAGCAUGCAAAUGUCACAUGAUCUUGCUUUUAUCAGUGAAAUUCAGUUUAUUGAGAGCGACCGUGAGGUCACUCGGUGUCAGUGGAUUCAGCUGCUGCUCGAGUGAUCAAGUCAAACACAAACUUAUAUUUGAGUCUGAUUCUGUCAUGUCAGAUCAAAAUGCACUCAAUAAAUACUUCAACUUGUCAAAGAGUAUUUCUAUGCAUGAAAAAGCUGUUAAAAUAUGAAACGAAAAUAAAUACUGUUGGUUUUC